CAGUCUUCAUUUGCUGUCUAAUGUAUGUGCUAAUCUAAUACAACACUAAGUGAUAAAUAAUUUAUAAACAUUUAUUUUUUAAUUGAACCAAAUGAAUUUAGAAAUAAUUUGAUAAAAAAUUUGUGGUUUGAGAUCAAGAUUGACAUUAAUCAUUUUAACACAAGAACUACGACUACUGUUAAUGUUGUGUUUAAAUAAACAUUUUUUUAUAAAUAUCAUUUUUUUGACAGAAUAAACAAAUUCUAACUAAUAUUUAAAUAAUUGCUUUGAAUACCUGCAUUAUCAUUACAAUCGAAUCUUGUGUAACUUGAAGUAUUUGUCUAACACUAAUUAUAUUUCAAUGUUAACACUCAUAUAAUAGUAUACAAAAGUAUAAUACUGUGAUAAUAUGAACAAUUUAGUGCCAGUUUAACUUUUCUCCGUGAUUUUUACAAAAAUGAUCACAGCAUUAUUUAUUUAAAAAACAAAUUAUCAAAUCAAAAUUAAUGACAGUUAUUUUAUGACUCUCAAAAAAGUUGCUGACCUUCAUUUUUAUGUUUGUCAUGUUCAUUGCUGUUAGACUGAACUGAUUUUUCGGCUUAUUGAUAUCAUUGACUUUUAACUUAAUACCAAUGUCAGUAACUAUGGAAAAUGACAAAUCAGCUGAAGAAUUUAGUAAUGGCACAACUCAAAGCAUUUCUAUAAAUCUAAAUACGCUUAAUGCACAACCAAAUAACGAACCCGUGAAAAGAAAAAAAGCUAAGCAGUGUUUAUCCAAAUUUAAUAUAAGUAAAACUAAUAACAGUUUUACAUUGGCGUUAUUAUUUCAUACCUUAGCUAUAAUUUAUAUUGCGGCGGCUAUAAGUCAUUGGUACACAACAGGCGCACAUGAUAUUGAUUGGGAAAAUGGAUUAGGUUUACUAUUGAUUAUAUCAUCAUUGUAUUAUGGUUAUAAGUUUCUAAAAUUCAUUAUAAAAUAUGUUAAGUGUGACUUCGCCUACUUAAACCAAUUUACAAUAUUACAACAUACAAGAUCAAUUACUCUUGGUAUAUUUUUCGCUUGUUUUUUUGUGUACAUAGCUAUUGAUACACAAAAUAAUCGACAAAGACUUUUGCCCAUAUUUGGCAUAUGUUCAUUCAUCGCAGCAGGAUAUGCAUUAUCAAAACAUCCAAGUCAUGUCAAUUGGAACACAGUGGUUUCUGGCCUUGCUCUGCAAAUUGCCAUCGGCCUUUUAACAAUAAGAUGGUCAUCAGGAAAAUAUGUUAUUCAAGUUGUAGGCCGUUUAGUUGACAAUUUUUUUUCUUAUGCUUACAUAGGCGCAGAAGUCACUUAUGGAGAAGAACUAAUCAAAGUUUUUGCAGUGUUUGCAUUUAAAGUAUUAUCGGUGAUAUUUUUCAUGUGUUUUGUUAUUGAAAUUUUAUUUUAUUAUGGUAUUAUCCAAGUUGUCGUCUUAAGGCUCGGUUGGGUUUUACAAAAAUUACUUGGUACGACACCUGCUGAAUCAGUAAACGCAUGUGCUAGUGUGUUUUUAGGCAUGACGGAAGCUCCAAUAAUCAUAAAACCUUAUUUAAGUACACUCACUGAAUCAGAAUUGCAUGCAGUAAUGAUGGGCGGAUUUUCUACAGUUGCAGGUACUGUGUUUGCUGCUUACACUUCAUUUGGAAUUGAUGCUUCCUAUAUAAUUACUGCAGCUAUAAUGUCUGCUCCAACAGCUUUAUCUUUCUCGAAGCUUAUUUUCCCAGAAACAGAGGAACCUUUCACAAAAAAUCAAGAAAUUACGGCCCCCAGCAUAGAAAAAAACGGAUGCAACGUUGUAGAUGCAGCGUGUCGCGGUGCACAAUUUGCAGUACAAAUGGUGUCAGCAAUUAUUGCCAAUAUUAUUGCUUUUGUGUCAUUCGUCGCUUUUAUUAACGCUCUACUAUCAUGGUUAGGGAUAUUAGUUGGAUUUGAAGAAUUUAAUUUUGAGUAUAUUUUAGGAAAAACGCUAAUUCCAAUUGCUUGGGUUUUGGGUACUGAAUUUGAUGAAUGUGAAACAGUAGCAAAACUAAUAGGAUUGAAAAUAACUACUAAUGAAUUUAUAGCAUACAAAAAAUUGGGCUCGCUUAAAACUGAACAUAAAUUAAGCCCAAAAUCUGAAAUUAUAGCAACUUUUGCAUUAUGUAGUUUUGCUAAUCCUGGAUCUAUGGGUUCAAUGAUUGCUACUUUAACAACAUUAGCACCUUCUCAACAAACGUCGAUUGUUAAAAACAUAUUUAGGGCUUUUGUCGGAGGAACUGUUACUACUUUACUUACUGCUGCGAUUGCCAGUUUACUUAUGACAUAAUUUGAAAUUAAAUUCAAACUUAAGGGAAAAGUUUAUUGUUAAUAUUUAUUGAGUGUUAUUGGUCACGA